AUGGUGGGUAAAAUACUCCUAGAUUUAUUUAACGUUCAAUUUUGCAUGCAUCUGUUGCAUUUAUGAGGUUUUUCCUGAAAUACAUGUAAAUUUGAUGUUUAUAUUCUAGAUGUACAAUCAAUUUGAUUUCGUUUUUAAUGAGCGUAAAAACUUUGUUGACUUAUAAUUACAUAUAUAUAUAUAUAUAUAUAACUUUUAUCAUGUUCAUGAAUUAAAGAAGUGAGGUGCUGAUGCAAAUUUUGAAAGGUAAUAUAAUUAUGACAGAGCCAAAGUUUUUGCAUGUUUCGGAGUACUGUUUAACCUGCAUUGUUAACUUGGAACGUUUCAUGUACGCUGAUUUGAGAGACUUCCUCAUCCAUGACACCGUUCUUUUCUUUGUCUAGUCUCAAUACAGUGUCUGCUACAAGCAAGAGCAAGGUAUUCUUUCCUGAGUAGUAUUAUGUCAUAGUAUGUUAAAAUUUCUUUAAAAUAAAGAGAGAAUUGGAAAAGUAAGAGUUAUUUAAGUAAUAUUUUGACUACAAUUCUACUCCAAUACCCUUAAUAUUUACAGAAUUAUGUCUUUUCUUUAACUGAAAUCAAAAUAUUUAAAGGUGUUUGUGCCUGUGGUUUCCUGUUGCAUCAGUUAUAUACUUAUAACUCCUGCUUUGGACCUUGUUGUGAUCUUAUCAAAUUUUAUCAGCAAUCUUAAAUAGACAUGAAAGGAAACAUAUUUUAGUGUUAUCUGUCUGUGGCUGCCUCCUGUACUUUUCAUAUUAAUCAUGAACCUAUUUUUUACUUUAGCUGGUACACACAUCCUUUGUUGCACUUGUCAUGGUCAAUUUUACCAUGAAUAGGUGUUUUCAAAGAGUUUCCAUAAUCUUUUAAACAAUUCCUUAUGAUUUAAUGGGUAAAAUUUCAUUAGAUAUUGUUUUGGUGAAAAUAUCUUUUGUUACAUUUAUCUUGGUCUAUUUUGCAAUGAAGGGGUGUUGUUCAGGAGUUUUCCAUAAUCUUUUUAAAAAAUUCUAAGGAUUUAAUGGAUAAGAUUUUAGUAGAAAAUAUUUGUCUGAUGUGACUUAACAGUUCUGGUUAAUAACAGAAUCCAGUUUUUGUUUAGCACCCUCAGAGUAGACUCGUGUAAUGUGUAACAUGGAAUUUAUUUUUCUCUAGCUCAUGAGGACAGUAUCUGGACAGUUGCAUGGGGAACUAGUGAUAAAGAUGGAAUAGAGAAUAUUAUAAGUGGUGCUGUUGAUGAUAUGGUAAAAUGCUGGAGAUGGUAAGGAAAUGUUCAUUGAAUGUGUCUUCAUUUAACCUGUUCAGAGCUAAACCUUUUUUUUCUAAUUUAGGUCUUUAGUCAACAAUAAUGAUUGUUUAAUUUUUAUGGUCCAUUUUACCCUCCAGAAUUGUAAGAUUUUUUAUCAGAAUUAAUGUAAUUACAAACAUGACUGUAACAUUUUCUCAUAUGUAAAAUUGCUUUAGUUUAAUUUAAGAAAAUUACCUUGGUUAGCAGAAGACAAAAAUGAUACUGUUGACAUCUCUGAUCUCAUCAAAAACACUCAAGCAGUUGAUAAAUUAAUCGGAUUGUAUUGCUUGUGAUAUUUUUCAAAGGUCUAAAACUGACCUUGAUAUGAAAUGAAUUUGUUCUGUUUACCAAGUAAAUAAACUCAGCAUCUUUAAAAUUAUCAUGCAGCAGUAAAGGUACCAAUUGUUUGACACUGAUAAUACUGAUUUUAAAUUGUGUUUUUAGGAAUGAAGAAAAGCUGGAACCUAGAUUUAAUUUUGAAGGUCAUCAACUUGGUGUGGUGUCAGUGGAUAUUAAUUUAACUGGGACAAGUAUCCUAAAUAAAUACUACAGUAGCUUCAACUUAUGUAAAUAACAACCUUGUGUCUUGAUAUUCUAAGGAAGGUUUUAGGAUUUUUCAUCUCAUAAGAAAAUAGUGGUAAUUAUUAUUAUUUAUUAUAAUAUUUAUUAUUAGCCAUUUAUUAAGUCAAAUCAACUCAUUAGUGAACUGAGGUUUAAAACUUGGAACAUGUAUUAGUAUUCUCACAAGUUUUUGUUUCUUAUCAUGUGAUCUGUAAGCUCUUUUUCUACUUGGAAGGUAGAAUUUGAUAUCAGUUACUGGGGACAUGAUAGGUGGGACCUGCAACCUGAAAUAGUGGAAAUCAAGCAAUCUUUUUGCUAGCCACUUCUCUGUCAUUCAAUGCACUUCUUAGUGCACUCCCACUCCAAAGGGUAAAAAUCCCCUGCUUGGAUACCUUAACCCUUUAUACCAUGACGUCUUAAUGCACAUUCUUCAUACUGUUUUCUAUACAUUUCCAAAGGUGCUAAUAAGAAGAAUUUGUUUAACAAUCAAGAGCCUCUUGAGUUGGUGAUCAUUACCUUUAUUCUCGUGACCUUCAAGUUUGAUUGAGGGGUGAUUUUGUAAGGAAGCAUUAGAUGCUAGUCAUUUUUAGAGGUCAAUGCCCUAAAAGGCCUCUUUCUGUAGUACUGUAGAGUUUUUUGCAUGUAUGUUAUUCUAUAAAUGACUGAGGAUUUUGCCAUGCUAAAAUGUCUAAGAGCAUGUCUAAGAGCUGAUUGAUAGACUGCUGAAAUUGACAAAUCCUUGACGAGAAUACCAACUGAUAGUUGCUGCAUCAAGUUCAUUAGACAGUCAUAUCAGAAUAUGGGAUUUAGAAUCUGGGAAACAACUGAAAGCCAUUGAUUGUGGUCCAGGUACAAUGCUGCAACCUUCUUUGUGUUAACUUUAAGUUCUGUACAUGAUGGUCAUAUCUUCAAAUUACACACUUAGUCAGACUUUAUGUAAUAGAGAGAAUGACUGAUGAUCCCUCCUACUUUGCUGCCACAUUGGUUAAGUAAGAUAAGACUUGCCAUAUAAUCGGUGGAUGUAUAAGGGGUAAUAGGUAAAAGAGCUUGGCUAUCAGUUUAAGCUUAAGCCAAUUGCACUUGAUAAAUUUUCUGUUACUGAUUUAGGAAAUAUUUAAAAUAUCUUGAAGUGAGAAGGUUGGAACCCAAGGUCUAAUAAGUUGUGUUUUUUGUCAAAAAACAGUAUUUUGUGAGUAAAUCAUUGUGUAUUUCAUCAUAGUGAAAAUUAUAUUUUAUGAGCUAUCAGUCUUUCAUACAGAGGUUUAGUUUGAGUGUUUUAAUUUAACCAAAACCACAACACAAGUGAUCAUAAACUAGUAAUGGCCCAUAGGAAUGAAAAAGGACAUUGCAAGGCACCUUGGAGAGGUUGAAAAGAAAACAAGCAUAUUGCACAAAGGCACAAUUUGGUUGAUAGUUUACAUUUGAUUGGUUGUGAGAGUAGCACAGAUUUUUGAUAAAAAACCAUUUCCAGGGAGAAGUGAAUGAAAUUCAUUUCAAUCAAUCAUGACUCAAUAGGGAAUUUUUUCCUUUCUGCAAUCGAUUACAAACUAAAGGAUAAGAUUUAUUUUUAUUUUUUCCUUCACAGUGGACACAUGGACAGUGGCAUUUUCUCCAGACUCUAAACUUAUAGCAACUGGCAGCCAUGCUGGAAAAAUAAACUUGAUAGGUGUGGAAAGUGGUAAAAAAGAAAGUGCCUUGGAUACAAGAGGAAAAUUCACCAUGAGCAUAGCUUAUGUAUGUUAGUCAUACAGAUUCUAUUAAAAUUGUGCUUUUUGUGCUCAAAUCUAUACCUAGUCUAUUCCAAAACUUUACUUAUUAAUUUUUCUGUCUACUUAGUUAUUCCAAUAUAUUAUUUCCCAGUUUGCCUGUAAGCAAGAAGUGUUAUUUAAAACUGUAGUUCCUGGCAUGCUAGUGGACAUACCAAUGGAUAUAUUAUCCUACUAUAACAUAGUAAUGAUUUUGCAAACUAGUAUAGUAAAUAAUGAUACUACUAUGAACGAUAAAUAAAUGGUGAUAAUAAUAAUAAUAAUAGUAAUAAUAAUUACCAUCAUUUUAUUAUCACUGCUACUUAUAUUGAAAUUGUUAUUACUGACAUAAAUAUUUUAAUUAUUUGUUUUCUAAUAUUUAAUUUCAGAGUCCUGAUGGUCACUACAUAGCUUGUGGAGCCAUUGAUGGAAUAAUCAAUAUUUUCGACCUAACAACUGGAAAAUUACUUCACACUCUAGAAGGUUAGAAAUUGAAAUGAAUUCUUCUUAAUAGUCCUCUAACCACUUCGGCAGUGAUUUCACAUUUUUUCAUCAAUCUUUCAGGUCAUGCCAUGCCCAUCAGAUCUUUGACAUUUUCACCUGACUCCCAGCUGUUGAUCACAGCUUCAGAUGACAAUCAUAUCAAGAUGUAUGAUGUGUACCAUUCAAGACUCCUUCUUCCUUGUCAAUUAUUACUGAUUACCAUACUAGGCUCUGCUUUCUGAGCAAGAUUUUGCAGAUUUAUUUUAGCUGCGGGAUGAAGAUAUACAUGCAUGUACAUGUACUUGUACAUAUACAUGUACAUGUACAUAUACUUGUACAUAUACAUGCAUGUGCAUGUACUUGUUGCACCCUUAAAAUAAUAUGCUUUAGCUACUCAUUGCAGGAUUGGUUGGUGGUUGUAAAAUAUUGUCAUUUUGGUUACAUCGUUUACAUGUCAAUGCUUAGAUCUGGAUGACUCUUUGUGUCCUCUUUUCUUUGUUUUUUGUCUGUUUGUUUGUUUUGGUAAUUUCACGUUCUACAGACAACAUGCUAAUUUAGCCGGGACUCUGUCAGGACAUGGCUCAUGGGUUCUUGGCGUUUCAUUUUGUCCAGACAACACACACUUUGUCUCGAGGUAUUCACCAUUUUGUAUUGUAAUUAAAAUAAUCCACAAAUUGAGUCUAUUUAAGAGAAAGAGAUUGUCUGGCAAUUGUGUUAAACUAAAUAAGAUUUAUUAUAAAAUUUGCAAAGAUUUGUGUGUUUUUAAUUGGGUUAAGGAACAACUAUUUUCUUCUGUUGCAUUUCAGUUCCAGUGACAAGACAGUAAAAGUUUGGGAUGCAGGCUCAAGGCAGUGUAUUCAGACAUUUUAUGAACACAAUGACCAGGUAAUCGAUUAUUAAUUAAGCUCUAUUUGUUAAGAGUUCCAAGGCAUGUCUGAAAUACUGGGGAAUUGUCCAGGAUUGAAUGUUUAUGGGACUCAUAUGCCACGUGAUAAGCAACAAGAAGUGUCCUUAUUGAUGAAAAUCCCACAAAACACCACAUCCAUUUGUCAUCCAUUACAUUAUUUUUGUUCAGGUGGUAUUGGGUCUAAAGCAAGAGAAUAUAAAUCUCUUGAUCUAAAAGCAUAACCAGACCAAAUUUUGGGUGAUUUUAUUUUUUACUGAUUUUUACCAAUUUUCAAUCUUUACGUAAAACAGGACAAGGGUCUUCAUUCAUUGUUCAGUUCAAGAUGAUAAACGUUUGUCUACUGUUUCGUUAAGAAUCCCAAUCAGUCUUCCUUUGGCAUUAUCUGGUAGAUGAUGUCCACAGACAAGUGUAUUAGCAUAUUUUUGCGCCAAGUAGCUAUUAUUUUUAUAUCACGAACGUGCUCGGGAAGUAUAGUGCUCUGGUGAAUCCAUUUUACUUAUAUGACUGUUUUAUACCCUUCCUCUCUCUCUCUGCUGGAGUUUCAAGAUUGCGCUAAAAUUAUCUUUUGAUAAGACCUUUCAGUUGAUAAAUGUGAAUAUAUGAAAAUAACACAUCUGAAUUGCAGAUGAAGACGUGAAUAUGAAAGUGAUCUUUGCAGUAAUGAACAGUACUUGAGCAGUAGUGAUAAUAAGGCCUGAAAAAGAGAUUCUGGCCAGAACAGGAUUUGAACAUGUUUGAAUAUGUAGCAGGCUAGAAUAUUUUUAUUAUCACUUAUUAUCACUACUGCUCGAGUACUGCUCAUUACUGCGAAGACCACUUUCAUAUUCACAUUUUAAUUGGUUUGCAAGUCCUUAUUAUAAUUUGAUUUUUCUACUGUAGGUUUGGGGAGUGAAGUAUAACGCCACAGGCUCCAAGAUUGUCUCCGUCUCUGACGACAAGUCCAUUAUUGUUUAUAACUGCCCUCUGUGACCUUUUAAUUAAUUUUUUUUUCUCUUGUAAUAUGUAGUGAGAUAAAUUCGGUUUUAUUUCUUUGGAUGAGUGGAUUGUCUCAAUUUCUCUAGCAGACCAACUGAACAAAGAUGUAGUCGAUUGGAGAAGAACUAGUCGCGUGCUAUUUCGAUGCUAUUUGUAAACAUUUACUAAAUCCGUCGAGAAAAAAUACUGAACUUGAACUCUCGACUCGUGCUUGAUCAGUGCGGCAAAUCUGAGUGCCAGCCUGCGUCAAGAAAGUAUAUAUUUUUUGUUUUUGCAGUCAUGGCAGCUAAACGUUUUUAAUCAGGAUAAGUUUGUUCGAUAUUUAAAUUGAAGAGUAGCAAAACGCUUAACGACUGACCCCAAAGGAAACAGCACGG